AUGUCGCCAAACGAUCAAAUCACGCAGGUCACAGAUCCAGAAGAAAAUGACCAGGGCCCUACUAAACCCACGAUUGGGGAUUUCCAACGGUCCCAGGGGGUCACCCGAAUGGAGGCUGUCUAUCGUGAGGCCAAGUCGGAUCGGAAGACAUUGUGGUUCAUCGGGGUCUCAGUGCUUGUCUGUGCUUGGGCCUACUCACUCGACUCAUCUACCACGUCCUACUACUCGGUCGACGCAUCAUCAUACUUCAAACAACACAGUUCGGUACUCUCCACGCUAUCAAUUGCAACAAGUGUCAUCAGUGCCGUCAGCAAACCCUUUAUCGCUAAGAUUUCCGACAUCACAUCUCGUCCGUACACAUACAUAUGGGUCCUGUUGUUUUACGUACUGGGAUAUAUCAUUGUUGCCACCUGUAGGACCAUCGCUGGCUAUGUCGUUGGAGAAGUUUUUGUCGCCAUCGGAAGCUCCGGCCUUGACUUGACCAACGACAUCAUCGUCGCGGACUUGACACCGCUCGAAUGGCGCGGAUUUGCGAGUUCUAUGCUCUCCACACCGUUCAUCAUCAACACCUGGUUUGCCGGUAAGAUUGUGGAUGCCAUCGAUAGUAAAGGUCAGUGGCGCUGGGGAUACGGCAUGUUUGCCAUUAUAAUGCCAGUCGCCCUCGGACCAGCCGUCGCCACACUGAUCUACCUCGAUCGCAAAGCCAAACAAAAUGGGAUCGUGAACAUUGCCUCCUCUAAUGCCGCUCGUCGAGCCGCUGGACAUCUGGGUGAGAGGGAUGGUCAUGACGCACCCCGUGGGACGGUUUCAGUAAGGGCAGCUGAGCCUUCGGAACGUUGGACGCAGUCUGUCCGGCACAUCCUGGAUGAAAUUGAUGCCUUUGGCCUGGUUCUGUUGGGAUUCGGCUGGUCGCUCUUGCUAUUACCGUUUUCUCUCAAGACCUACGCAGAUGGGGGUUGGCGGAACCAAUCCCUCAUAGCCAUGAUGGUCGUUGGUGGCAUCCUCCUAAUCGCCUAUGUCAUCUAUGAGAUGAAAUGGGCCCGUGUACCGAGUGCCCCCCGCCGAUUAGUAUUCAAUAAAACUUUCACAAUGGCUAUCAUCAUCGAUAGCUUCUACAUGCUUGCUGGAAGUGUUCGUGGUCUCUACUGGGACUCAUAUGUCUACGUUGCUAAGCCCUGGAGCUAUCAGAACUGGGUCUACUACGGCAAUACCCUCACCCUUGCCCUCUGCAUUGCCGGACCUUUUGUCGGCCUCCUUCAACGGUGGACACAUCGGUACAAAGCUAUUCAGAUCGCCGGUCUAGUGAUCAAAAUCAUUGGUAUGGGAAUCAUGCUGGAUGGAGAUAUGGCAACUGCCAACACGGGCGCUAUGGUGAUGGCGAUGAUCCUCGUCGGAUUCGGCGGUUCCAUGUCGGUUGUCGGAUCCCGGGUUGCGUCGCAAGCCUCCGUCCCGCACCAGGAUGUCGCACUCGCUAUUUCACUGUUAGCUCUAUGGUCGAAGAUUGGUAGGGCUAUCGGAUCGGCGAUUGUUGCUGUGAUUUGGGCGGAUCAGAUGCCCAAGCAGUUGCGAAAGUACCUGCCGUCCAAUGCCACGGAAGCUGAUGUGAAGAAGUUGUUUGGUAGUCCCACUUCCAUUCGGAAGUUAUACAGCUUUGAGGAUCCGAUGCGAGUGGGGGCAGUACAGGCGUAUCGGCACGCGUUAUAUUAUUGUCUUGUCACUGCGUUGGGACUCGCCUUCAUCCCUCUUAUCGCAUCGCUGUUUCAACACAACUAUUUCCUGGGCAAAUCGCAAAAUGCAGUCACGAACGUCGGAAAUGAUGGGCUGCCCCUCUCAGAAACUUGUCGGUCGGAGCUACAUCCUCCUAAGAAUAAGAAAGAGGCGUUUCUGCGUUUCUGGGCAGUAUAUGAUCAUGUUCCGGUGACGAAGGAAAACCUCGAUUGGGCCGAGCUUGUUACCCUUGACCUCAGUCAAUAUGACCAGCCGGGAGGGAAGGAAGAGCUUGUGAAGCAAUUGGAUCACGCUGUGCGGCACGUGGGUUUCUUUUAUGUGAAGAACUUCAACAUCAGCCAAGAAGAAAUCGACUAUCAAUUUGCCCUCGGUCGCGAAUUCUAUGCACUUCCUCUAGAAGAAAAGCUCAAAUACCACAGCGCCUCUGACCUUGAAAAAGGCGAAUAUAACGGAUACAGACCUGCCGGACACCGAGCGCUUGGAAAUGGAGUCAAAGACAAUGUACAGGUCUACAAUAUCCCAAAGUUCGACGGUUACCACCAGCGUCAGCAGCCACCUGUUCUUGGCGAUCAUUUGGAGGAAAUUGAAGCGUUUAGUCGGAAAUGCCACACAGAAGUCGUCGAGAAACUUCUCCGUCUGUUCGCCAUCCUGCUGGAACUUCCAGACGAGAACCAGCUUGUCCGGGACCAUCAGUAUGAUGUGAAAGGCGAGGACCAUCUUCGGUACAUGCAUUACGCAGCACGCGGCGGCGAGGAGAACAAAAAAGUGGGCAUUGCCGCAUUGCAGAUCCUCAACUCUGAGGGCCAAUGGAAAUGGGUGCGUCCGCAGGAUGGAACCAUUACGGUCAACACCUGUGAUGCCUUGACUGCUCUUACGGGUGGUCUAAUCAAGUCCAGCGUUCACCGCGUACAUGUCCCGCCAGCCGACCAAGCACAUGUGGAUCGGUUGGGAGUAUUAUACUUUGCACGACCGAAUAACCACGUCGUGCUGGACCCGAUUCAAAACAGCCCUCUACUCAACCGACUUGGACUCACGCAGAAUGUCUUCACGGAACUGGGUCAACACUUGACAACGGAGGAAUGGGUGAAGGUACGACAGACUCAGCAGCAACGACGCACAAAAGAUGCGAAGAUCUCGGAGGAUGGGAAGUAUACUUAUCGGUCCAAGGACCUUGAGAUAAUCCCAGGCUUGCAUGCGACAGUAUACAAUUAG